ACUCUUAGUCAUUGGAUCGAAACAUUGACAACGAACCAAGUUCCAACUCAUCAUGUGGACUUGGGGGCGGAAGAACAAAAAGGGCAGGCUGGUGAUUGAGCCGGAGAGCCCCAUCGAAGCCAGAUCCUCCUCCUCUGUCCCAACAGAAGACCGUCCUCACUCCGCCAAUUCCCACACCAACUUCUCCUCCACCUCCUCCACCUCCUCCGCCUCCGCCUCCUCCUUUAAAUCUCACAUCAAAUCCUCCCUCCCCGAAAACCCCCUCAUCUACAACAAGUCGGAUAUCCAUGACGCUUUAUUAAGCCGCCGCCCCGGCUCCUCCCGCCGCCGCUUGCUUUUCGGCAAAGACGUAGUCAUUUUCCAGCGCGAGUCCGGCCUUCCACUCUCCUACUCCGACUCCGACUCCGAACUCUACCACCGCCUCGCCCAAAUCUCCAAAUCCCACCACACCAGCCUCAUCAAGCUCCUCGGUGCCUCUCUCUCCGGCCCCUACGUCUACCUCGUCUACGAAUACGUCCAGGGCGCCAACCUUGCCGACUGCCUCCGCAACCCUAACAACCCCGAAUUCACCGUUUUGUCCACGUGGCUCUCCCGCAUGCAGGUCGCCGCCGACGUCGCCGAUGGCCUCAAUUACAUGCACCACUCGUCCGGUGACAACUCUGUCCACAACCACAUCAAAUCCUCCAACAUCAUCGUCUCCGAGCAGAAAAACCUCCAGCUCAGAGCCAAGAUCUGCCAUUUCGCCACCGCCGCGCUCUGCUGCGAGACACAGUCUCUGUCCGCGACGGUGGAGGGCACCAGAGUGUACAUGGCGCCCGAGGCUCAGCUGACGCACAAGUGCGAUGUUUAUGCCUUCGGGGUUGUGAUUCUGGAGUUGAUUUCAGGGGAGGAGCCAUUGAUGGAAGGCAAUGGAGGAGGAGGUGGAGGAGGGUGUAGGAGGGUGAGUGUGAUCGAGACGGCGAGGAAGGCUGUGAGUAGCUGCGGCGGGGUGAGGAGGUGGGUGGAUCGGAGGUUGAAGGACUCGUUUCCGAUGGAAGUGGCGGAGCAGAUGGUGAAGGUGGCGUUGCAGUGUGUGAAGGAGGAUCCGGACAGCCGACCCGACAUGGGUCGGGUUGCGGGUUGGGUUGCGAAUCUGUUUUUGGAGUCGGAGAGUUGGGAUACGGAGAUGGGCCGGCCUAUUGACAUGACAAUUUCAUUGGCCCCUCGGUGAGAUUACUAUAUUGGUGAAUAGUAAGUUAUUGUGUUUGGGAUUGGGGUGUGUACAGUGUAUAUACUUGUAUUAUACUUGAUUUGAUGCUGUGAACAAUUUGACAUACGAGAAAUUGACUAAGAAGAGAAUAGAAACACCACAAGUUACCGAAGUUUUUGUGAAAUCUUUGUUGACAUAAUGUGGUUACCUUUUCUAGCAAGUCAAUAUCCAAAAUCUUACUUGAAAUGAAGUUGUUUGAAUUGAACAAUGUAAAGAGCCAAUGGCUACAGUCAAGUCAUGGGGCUUGCGAGGGAUGUAGCAGUGGGGCUAGAUGUGGUCGCGGCGACGGAGUGUGCUGCCAUCCGUGAAGGUUUGAUAUUGGCUGUGCAGUUGGGGUUCAGUAUUUUUGUGGCCACUGAUUCGAAGGAAGUUGUUUAGUUGAGGAUAUUAGACUGCUCAAUUGAAUAUUGGUGAGACGUUCUUUCAACCGAGACAAGGCAAUGGGGUAGCUCAUGCUCUAGCUCAAUAUGGAUUAAGGGAACAAAAUCAAUGUCACUGACAAGGGAAUGCUCAAUUGAAUAAGGGAAUGCUCAGUUGUAUUCUUAGAGGUUUUUUAAGGCAAGAUUUUAACGAUGGUUGCAUCCAUCAUUUUCAUUACUAUUUGU